CUCUCUCCUCUUUCUCUCUCGCUCCCUUCCUCUCGGUAACUGAACAGUGAAAAUUCACAUUGUGGAUCCGCUAACAGGCACAGAUGUCAUGUGAAAACGCACAUGCUCUGCCAUCCACACCGCCUUUCUUUCUUUUCUUUCUGUUUCUUUUUUUUCCCCUUGCUCCUUCUCCCUCUUCUUUGUAACUAACAAAACCACCACCAACUCCUCCUCCUCCUGCUGCCCUUCCUCCUCCUCCUCAGUCCAAGUGAUCACAAAAGAAAUCUUCCGAGCCGGAGGCGGUGGCAUUUUUAAAAAGCAAGCACACUGGAGAGAAAGAAAUAAGAAAAACAAAAGCAAAACAAAAACCCAGACACCAGCAGCCAGGACGUUUUUUCGCCCUUCCUGAAAACAAACAAACAAACAAACAAACAACCAUCAAAACAGUCACCGUCACCAACACCAAAACUGUUAACACUGCGACGGCGGCGGCAGCAAACGUCACCCUGAGGCCACAGCGUCCGCCUAAAGGGAUGGUUUCCGCGGCAGCGCAGCUCUUCGCCGACCACCUUCACUCGUGCUGAGCGGGAUUUUUGGGCUCUCUGGGGUUCGGGCUGGGAGCAGCUUCAUGACUACGCGGAGCGGGGGAGCGGCCACACCAUGCGAGCACAAAUUGAAGUGAUACCAUGCAAAAUUUGUGGCGAUAAAUCCUCCGGGAUCCACUACGGAGUCAUCACGUGUGAAGGCUGCAAGGGAUUCUUCAGGAGGAGCCAGCAGAACAAUGCCUCUUACUCCUGCCCAAGGCAGAGAAACUGUUUAAUUGACAGAACCAACAGAAACCGUUGCCAACACUGCCGACUGCAGAAGUGUCUUGCCCUAGGAAUGUCGAGAGAUGCUGUGAAGUUCGGGAGGAUGUCCAAGAAGCAGAGGGACAGCCUGUAUGCUGAGGUGCAGAAGCACCAGCAGCGGCUGCAGGAGCAGCGGCAGCAGCAGAGCGGGGAGGCGGAAGCCCUUGCCAGGGUGUAUAGCAGCAGCAUCAGCAACGGCCUGAGCAACCUGAGCAAUGAGACCAGCGGCACUUACGCCAACGGGCAUGUCAUCGACCUGCCCAAGUCUGAAGGUUACUACAGCGUAGACUCCGGUCAGCCAUCCCCCGAUCAAUCAGGACUUGACAUGACUGGAAUCAAACAGAUAAAGCAAGAACCUAUCUAUGACCUCACCUCCGUACCCAACUUGUUUACCUAUAGCUCUUUCAACAACGGGCAGUUAGCACCAGGGAUAACGAUGACAGAAAUCGAUCGAAUUGCACAGAACAUCAUUAAGUCCCACUUGGAGACAUGUCAGUACACCAUGGAAGAGCUGCACCAGCUGGCAUGGCAGACCCACACCUAUGAAGAAAUCAAAGCCUAUCAAAGCAAGUCCAGGGAAGCACUGUGGCAGCAAUGUGCCAUCCAGAUCACUCAUGCCAUCCAGUACGUGGUGGAGUUUGCAAAGCGGAUAACAGGCUUCAUGGAACUCUGCCAAAAUGAUCAGAUACUGCUUCUGAAAUCAGGUUGCUUGGAAGUGGUUUUAGUGAGAAUGUGCCGUGCCUUCAACCCAUUAAACAACACUGUUCUGUUUGAAGGAAAAUAUGGAGGAAUGCAAAUGUUCAAAGCCUUAGGUUCUGAUGACCUAGUGAAUGAAGCAUUUGACUUUGCAAAGAAUUUGUGUUCCUUGCAACUGACCGAAGAAGAGAUUGCUUUGUUCUCAUCUGCUGUUCUGAUAUCUCCAGACCGAGCCUGGCUGAUAGAACCAAGGAAGGUCCAGAAACUUCAGGAAAAAAUUUAUUUUGCACUUCAACAUGUGAUUCAGAAGAAUCACCUGGAUGAUGAGACCUUGGCAAAGUUAAUAGCCAAGAUACCAACCAUCACGGCAGUUUGCAACUUGCACGGGGAGAAGCUGCAGGUAUUUAAGCAAUCUCAUCCUGACAUAGUGAAUACACUGUUUCCUCCAUUAUACAAGGAGCUCUUUAACCCUGACUGUGCCACCGUCUGCAAAUGAAGGGGACGAGAGAACUGGCUCACAGUCGUGGAGUACACCACCAUUAAGACGAAAGCAAUGUGUUCAUGAAGACUUAAGAAAAAUGUCACUACUGCAACAUUAGGAAUGUCCUGCACUUCAUAGAGUUAUUUUUCACCGCUACAGUUUGAAGAAUGUAAAUAUGCACCUGAGUGGGGCUCUUUUGUUUGUUUGUUUUGAAAUGACCAUAAAUAUACAAAUAUAGGACACCGGGUGUUAUCUUUUUUUUUUUAAUUUUAUUCGGGUAUGUUUUGGAGACAACUGUUUAUAGAAUUUUAUUGUAGAUAUAUACGAGAACAGAGCGGUACUUUACAUGAUUACUUUUCCUGUUGAUUGUUCAAAUAUAAUUUAAGAAAAUUCCACUUAAUAGGCUUAUCUAUUUCUAUGUUUUUAGAUAGUUGAUGCAUGUGUAAAUUUGUAGCUGUCUUGGAAAGUACUGUGCAUGUAUGUAAUAACUAUAUAAUAUGUGGAAUAUUAUAUAUGACUAUUACUUAUACAUGCACACGCACUGUGGCUUAAAAUACCAUACCUACUAGCAAGGGAGGUUCAGUCAGACUCUCUUAUAUUAUUUACCUUCUGUGUUAUGUGUUACUUUUAUGUUAGACAAUCAGGGUUUUGUUUUUUCAGCCAGAGUUUUCAUCUAUAGUCAACAGCAGAUCGGUACCAGCUCAGAAAUAAGUCUACAAAGAAAUCCAUGUAAUGCACAGCCUCUGUAUAAAAACUCUUAUUUCUGUCAGUGACAUCAAAGCCUUGUCAAGAUGGUCCAUACUGAGUUGGGGGAAAGACUUUGGAGCCAUUUUCCUGUUUUGAGAAUUGGGCUGCAGAUAAUAUUGAAAGGCAUGGGAUGCUUUUUGACCAAACAAUUAGACAUUUCCUAUUUUAUACCGGAACAUAUAAAACACUGUUUUYCUUAGGAUUUGGAUUUCUGGUUGUGACAAAAACUUGAUUUUGGUGCUCAGUGUCUUCAACCAAAAAAUUACGGUCUGUGCAUURUUACCACCAGCCAUUUGCUCUAGAAAAAUAACAGUAAAAAAAAAGUAAACCAGUUCCCAGUGUCCAAAGCCAUUUGGGGUAAAUAUUUUCUCUCAAAUCAUUUUUUGACAAAGAGGCAGAAGUAGAACAUACAAGGUUAAAAAGUAUUUCUUGAUAUUCAUCCUUAAGUAUUUGUUAGAAAAGACAACAAUAAAAUGGGGGAG